UAUGUCACGCGCGGGGGUUCUGGGGGAUUUGAACUACUUUCCACCAUAUGUCUAUGCUUUCUACAGAAACGUAGCUGCGGCGUUAAGACGUGGAAAAGAUACGCUGAUUUUACGCGUAUUGCGUUUUUAGCAGUAGUGAGAUGAAAAAAAUCAUUGUUAUUUGACAUGUUACAAUUUAAAUAUUGAGUGCAGUAGUGCUUUGCGGGUCACGUGACUAUGGGCCAUCAAAACAAACAACGUUACUGCAUAUGAGUUUAUUAUUACUUCGCUGCUCUUGUUGUGUUUGCAGCUCAGGUCGUUUCGUUAUUGAUUGGAAAGUGCAUUAGUAACGUUAGUGGAUUUAAUCUCCCUCAUCUAGAGCUCUGCUUUCACUCGAAUGGAACAUGUCCAUGACACCAGUUGCGUGUUAUUUUGGGCUGCUGGAAGGGCAGGAGGAGGACAUUAAACCUCAGGCAGCAGUGGUUCGGCGGAACCUGUUUGGCCCAGUGGACCACCAGCAGUUGCAGCAGGACUUCCAGAGGCUAUUCUGCAUGAACGUGGAGAUCGCCAAACAGCGCUGGAACUUUGACUUUCAGAUGGACCAACCAGCCCCCGGUUGCAUUGAGUGGGAGGAGCUGCGGUGCCAGGAUGUGCCAGUGUUCUACCAUAGCUGUGUGUUCAGGCCCGGUAUGGCAAAGCAAACGGUGGAAGCUUGUCCAGCUAUGGCCACAGAGAAAUAUCUGGAGCUGAGGACCAGAGGAACUCUGAGGGGAACCAAGCCAGAGAAGAGAAUGGCUGCAUUGCUAGGGGUCAAACGCAGACAAGCAAGCAUCACAGACUUUUUCAGAGUGACAAAAAGAAGAUUUCCUGAUCACAAAGCUUCAUCAGGACAGUAAACAGACAAUGGACCUUUUUUUUUUAUAAAUGUGCAUACACUAUCUGCACAUGUAGCUAUUCUAAUUGAACAGCAAAGGCUUAAUAGGAUGUAUAUACUGUACAUGCACACACACAGAUACAUAUUAUAUACACAAAUGUGUAUGUAUUUUUUUUUACUAAACGCAGUACCUAUUGAAGGAACCUAUUUUAUUGUUACAACAUGGAAUCAUGAGAUUUAAGUGCAUGUGAAAAAGUCAAAUAUUCCGAUUUCAUAGUGCAUUUGAAUAAUUCAAAGCAGUUAAUUCCAGUAAUUGAAUGAGAAUUCACUCUUGCAAAAUCAAGCAAUACAUUUUAAAUUCAUGACUAAAUGAAAAAUAUAUAUUUUUUUAUGUUUUAUUGUUCCAUGUUGUUCCAUUAAAAAAUGUUAGGAAUGCACUAUAUAAAUAGUGUUUCUUAUUUUUUGUUGUGCACUGAAUAUACAGUAUAUAUACACAAACAAUUGUUGUGAACGUUUUCAGAAAUGCACUAUAAAAAGACUGUUUGGUCAUAAACUUUAAACUUUUCAGAUUCAAAAUUCAAAAUGCAUUGAUCCUUCUUCAGUGCCCACAAUCUAUAAGCUAACCGUGUCAUACCAUUAUUCUGUUCCGCUUUUAAUUAUUUAUUUUCCUGUUUUUAUAUAUUACAAAAAAGGGUAACGCUUUAGUUUGGGGACCAAUUCUUGUUAGCAUGCGUAUUACUAGCAUUUUGUAUGCAUGCAUAUUAGUACUUAUAAAGCACAUAUUAAUGCCUUAUUCUGCAUUGCUAUAUUUUAGGUUACUUAAUCCUACCGCAUAUCUAAACCUAACAACUACCUUACUAACUAUUAAUAAGCAGCGAGUUAGGAUUUUAUUUAGGCAAAAGUCAUAGUUGGUCCCCAAACUAAAAUGUGACCCAAAAAAGUAUGUAACCAUUAAUGAGGAGCCAUUAAUGUUUUUCAUGAAGCAUAUUAAAAUGGGGGGGGGUUGAUGUGACUCUGUUAUUAUAGAGUUACUAGGAGACAUAAGGUAUGCUUCGAUAUCUUUGAAGUUAUGUAACAAGAUUUUUAAUCAUGCUUGUAAAAGGAUAUUGCCCUUAAAAUAUUAUUUGGGUAGUGACCGACCAAGUUUCUUAUGAGUGUGCAUGAGGCUCCGUCUUGCAUGCCUGGGGGAAAAUUGAAUAUGUUGACAAGCUACUUUUGUAUGUAUCUUAAGUUUGAAUCGUACUUUUAGUAUUAGCAUAUCAAUUGCAAGGACAUUUUCACCAAUCAUUUUGUACAAUAAUUUUUUUAAUACUGUAUUUUUGGUUUGUGCAUGUGAGAUAUAAUAUAUGAUUAUGUGCUGAAUUAGCCAUCAGAAUUUUACCUUUUUUGAUAUUAAAGAGGCAACUGACGCAAUUAACCAAAGUAAUUGCUCCACAAUAAAUAGGAUGCUUAAAAGUAGCUAUGUAAAAAAAAAUUUUUACCUAGAAGUCUUGGAAUCAUUCUAAUGCUACACUGACUAACAAAGCGAUCGUCUUUUGUUUCUUUCACACAUUCCCCUUAAACAUCUGUUUUGGAGUAGGCUAUGCAAUUAUGGUGAGCAGGUACACUAUUCUUAAAAGGCUGAUUGCUUUAAGGCAACAACAAGUGCACAUAUACAGCUACCCACUGUAUAUAUUUAGUGAUAUUCAGUGAAUUCCACUCACAAAGCUGCAGAAAUACACAAAACUACAUACAGGUGCUUUAAAGCCUUUUGAAUAGUUGUUAAAUUAAGCCACUAAACCAAACCCACGUGCCGUUAAACUGCAGAAUUUGCUUUGAAAUUCAGUUUCUUUAAGAUAUAUAUGAGAUUUGUUUUCUUGCAUUCAUCGCAAAGACACAUGCUAGACAGUUCAUUCAAUUACUUCCUCUUAAAGCAGUCCAUUAAAUUGUAAUCUUUUAAAAAUGUAUUCAUAGAAAUAAAUUAGUGCUCUACCUCAUCAAAUGACAAGGACCUUCAUUUUUUACACACAUAAGAAAACAAAUGUGCAAAAUGUAGCAUUUGUUUUUAUCAUGGAUUUAUGGAUUUAUCAUGUUUUUUUUCCUUUUUAUGAGAAGUACAUCAGAAUAGCAAGGAGGUAUCUUGUGCUUCACGUAAGGUUUACAUGAUGUUGUGUGUGUACAGUUCUGUUUUUAGAACAACUUUUU